AUGGAUCAAGAACUUCUACGAAAGAGAAUGUCUCAGAUCGAGUUAGAGAUCGACGAGAUGAACCAUGUUAUAGAUGAAAACUUGCAACUCAACGAAGAGCCUCACGAGGAUCUGGAGACGGAAUUGAAUAACUCUUUGGCGAACAGUGAUGAACGCAGCUCCAGGCUUCACUCGCGGGAAGAGUUUUUGGCGAACUACGAGGGGAAAGAGCGUGUUACAGAAGAGGGAGAUAGGGCCAAACAUACCAGCGCCCAGAGCGAUUCGGACGCGGUGGAGCCGUUAGCGCACCCAGAAGUCCAAGGGCUCCAUGUUGACAACGAAUUGAAGGACUCGCACGAGACUAAAAGUAGUAAGAUUGCGGAGAAGGACAGUAGACAUCAGCCGGAGGAAGAACUCACAUACGAUCAAAAUUGCGCAAUUGACCCACCUGGUGAUAAAGAGGCUUCGCAGGCUGACGCAGAAGAAUUGCCUCACGUCGCCAGAGAGCCCUCUGUUGACACCGACAACGUCAUCCAGGAACUCAACAACAAAGAAGUCAAGGCAACUGCUCCACAAACUCACUCUGAAUUGUCCCUUGCGACGGAACCGGCUACGCUGAAUGAUCAGCACAAGACUGACAGGUCUACAGUUGAUGCUAACAAGUCCAUUGUUGAUACUGCCAAGUCCACAGACGAGUCUGCAAGUUUCACUGGUGGUUUGCCGAUUUUGUCAGAUCACGAAUCAAAUCACGAAUGGGAAUCGCGUUUCGAUCCGCAUUCAAACCUACAGACUCCAGAGGUCGAUUCUAAAACCGAAUCUACCGCCACCUCGCUGCCCCUGCCAAAAACCAGAAAUACCGCAACACCCAUUGCUUCGGGUGCGCGCCAAACAUCCAAUCCCAGUCCUUUCCGAGUUGUAUCUGUCACGAGCAAGCAAUCUGAGAAGUCACAGGCACAAAAGCUUAACUCGAGGCACGAAUAUCUCACUUUGAAAUGCUCGAAGUUGCAGCGCGAGAUCCAGUACUUAUCGGAUUUACGUGACCGUGGAGCAGUUGCCCCCGAAGACUCGCGUAAAAUCAACAAUGCACUUGUGAAACUUCAAGAGUAUCUAGACCGCAAGACCAAAGAACGUUACGAAAUUGGAGUUUUACUGAGCCGGCAACUGAGACGGGAAAUUGACCGUGGCGAGAAUGGCCAAUUUUGGGUUGGUAACUAA